AUGAGGAUUUGUGGUUGUUAUCUUCAGUGGCUUCUGUUCCUUUUGAUUAUUAUUCAAUAUUCAAAUGGCUGCUUUGAGAAUGAGAGUAAAGCUCUUCUAAGCUUCAAACACAGCAUUACUUUUGACUCAUUCGGCUCUCUUUCCUCAUGGGGAGAUGAUGAUGACUGCUGCAAAUGGAAAGGAAUUGGCUGCGAUAACAGAACAGGCCAUGUUGUUGCUCUUCAUUUGGGGAGUCAAGACUUACAAGGUGAAAUCAGCCCUUCCUUGCUUCAUUUACCGUUUCUCACUUUCUUGGAUCUUAGUUUCAAUGAAUUUGAAACAAUUCCGAAUUUCAUUGGCUCUCUCAACAACUUGGUCUAUCUUAAUCUUUCUUAUAAUUAUCUGUUUGGAAAUGUUCCUCCUCAUCUGGGAAAUAUUUCCACUUUGAAAUAUCUUGACCUUGGCAACUACAAUUUUCAUGAACUAAAAGUAGUCGACACCUUGGAAUGGAUUUCUCAUCUUUCUUCUUUGGAGUAUCUCAAAAUGGAUGGGGUAGACCUUCAUUCUGUUUCAGAUUGGCUUCACUCAAUUUCAAACCUUUCUUUGCUCACAACACUAAGCCUAUAUUCCUGCUACCUUCCAACUCCCCCAACUUUUCCCCUACUGAAUUUGAGGCAUCUUAACAAGUUGAAAAUUCUCGAUUUAUCCUCCAACUCUUUGUCUUUCAACUUUUCACAACUCAUUUUAGGUUCGGAGAAAUUGAUAGAGAUUUUGAGAUUGAGUGAUAACAAAAUUGUGGGAUCACUGGAUGAUACCAGAGAGUUUAAUUCCCUAAGAGAAUUAAACUUGGAGAAUAAUCAACUUUCUGGUUCACUGCCUGACAUGUCAAAAAUGUUGUCCUUAGAAAUUUUUGCAAUUGGCAAUAAUCACUUCCAUGGAAACUUAAUGGGAAGUAACAUCGGCCGCCUCUCUAAUCUCAAAUUUCUAGAUGUUUCUUCAAAUUCUUUGGAUGGAGCCAUAUCUGAAAUCAGCUUCUCUAAUUUUAGCAAAUUGGAUGUGCUCAUCUUGUCUGAUAACUCUUUGACACUGAAUUUAGGAACCCACUGGAUUCCCCCAUUUCAGUUAAGAGGUCUAGGCCUCAGAUCUUGUGAGUUGGGCCCCAAAUUUCCUUAUUGGCUCCACACACAGACAGAACUUGAUACUCUUGAUAUCUCAAAUAAUGGGAUUUCAGAUCUCAUUCCUCAAUGGCUCACCAACCUAUCCGAGUUAGGGCAUUUGAGUGCUUCUCAAAACAGAAUUUAUGGAAAAUUACCAAACAUUCAAUCAACUGUGGAUCUAGUAGACUUUAGCAGCAAUUUGCUAGAAGGUCAUAUACCAAAAAAUUAUUCGGCAGUAUCAGUACUGAACCUUUCCAAAAACAAGCUUUCUGGAACCAUUUCAGUUCUGUGUACAAAUAAUUCUUUUCUACUUGACCUUUCAAACAAUUUUUUUACGGAGAAGUUUCCUGAAUGUUUGGCGAAAGUUAAUGAUUUGGUUAGUUUAAACUUGGCAAAUAAUAACUUCUUUGGUGAAAUCCCCUUAUCCAUAGGACACUUGAAUAGUAUGCAAUCACUACAUUUGAGAAACAAUAAGUUUUAUGGGGAAAUUCCUGAGUCUCUAAAAAAUUGCACUUCAUUGUUUGUUUUGGAUCUUGGAAAUAAUUAUUUAACUGGGGGUAUUCCUGCAUCGAUCGGGGAAAGCUUAAAAUUCUUGAAGAUCCUUAUCCUGAAUUCAAAUGAACUAAAAGGAUCAAUCCCAACUAACAUAUGCCAACUUCAAUCCAUUCAAAUAAUGGAUUUGUCUUCAAACCAUUUAUCUGGUUCCAUUCCAACUUGCUUCAAUUCAUUAAUGACUGACUAUGAUGAAUGGAUGCCAACCGUGGAGACUUCUGGAGCUUCUCAUGAACCCUAUGGGAUUAAAGACUCCCUCGACGAAUCUUUCUUUGAUUAUGAAUGGCUUAUAUGGAAGGGUACAGAGGUGGAGUAUGGUAAGAAUCUCAAAUUCAUGAAGCUCAUAGAUCUCUCAAGCAAUAAAUUGGUUGGAGAAAUCCCAGUUGAGAUAACUGAUUUGCAUAUCCUUAAUUCACUAAACUUGUCAAGAAACAAUCUCACUGGAUCCAUCCCAAACAAGAUUGGUGAGAUGAGGUCGCUAGAGAAUCUCGACCUCUCAAACAAUCAACUUUCUGGAGCAAUACCAAUGAGCUUUGCUAGUUUAUCAUUUCUUGCUCACUUGGACUUGUCGAACAACAAUUUGUCUGGUUGUAUUCCACUCGGCACUCAGUUGCAAGGAUUCACAGAGGCUUAUCAGGGAAAUUCAAAGCUACGAGGGCCUCCACUUCCAACAAACUGUCAUAGAGAUGAACCUGGAAAUGCUCCACAACAAGGGGGAAUUGAUGAAAUUGAAGAAGAUGAAGGAUGGAUUAUUUGGGACUUUGACUUCUUUGUGAGUUUGAUACUUGGAUUCAUUCUUGGUUUUUGGGGAGUAUGCGGAACCUUAAUACUCAAGCGUUCUUGGAGACAUGCAUACUUCCAAUUUUUAGAAGACAAAAAAGAGAAGUUUUGCACUGCCAUUGUAAUCUAUGGAGCCAAAUUGAAGAGAGGCAUGGGAGUUAGCUAGAUUGAAGUAAAAGGAUCAACUCAUCUCCUUGAGCUGAAGGAAGUACGAAGGCCAUUGAAGUACCUCCGAUCCAUGUCAUUCUAAAUAAAGUUCAAUUAUGUGUAUUUGUAUUCAUAUUUCAAGUCAUGUAAUUCUAUUUUGUUCUGUAUUGUGUAUAUUGAGGUUCUAAUAUAUAUCAUCAUACCAUAGCCUACCUUGUAAGGUGGACUAUUGAAAUAAAGUUCAUUUAAAUAUAUCGAAGUUUCAUUUUUAA